AUGCAUGAAGAUCAAAUGUGGCUUGAAGAAUGUGUGGAUAAUGAUCCUUGGAAAAAUGUAGAAAUUGCACCAAUGUUUCAAUAUCCUGUUAUGGAAAAUGACUUUUUAUCUGAUGAAAGUAGUCAGACUCCUCCAGAGAAAGAUAUUGCUGCAGCGCUUGUCUUAUUGAAGAUCCGUCAUCGAAUAUCAACUAAAGGUAUUGAUGAUUUAUGUAAACUAUUAAAAAUGUUAAAAAUGUCAAAGACUCCGAAAAGUUUUUAUCGGAUUAAACGUCUAUUACUACCAAAUCCUUCUGCACCAACUUCUGAAUUUGUUACUUACAUUUGUCCAGUUUGUUGUGAAGCAACAACAUCAUUGGAUCACUGCAGUAACGAGCAUUGUACACAACAUAAACGUUUUCAUGCACCACCUUUGUAUUAUUUACGAAUGCCAAUUCUUCAACAAUUACGAGAAAUUCUUGAUCAUGCACCACCAUUAAAUUUUGAACAACAGCAAGAAAAAUCUGCAUCAAAUAGUGAUAAACGCUUACUUCAUCUUUGGUUUAAUAAAAAAUAUAGAAAACAACCAUGGAGUAUUUACUCUAAGUUAAAUGUAGUUGAUCGUUAUUUAUCUUCAAUAAAUUAUCCAUCAACAACUGUUCGUAUACCUCGUUCUUUAUCAAAAUACGAACAGUACAAAGCGAAUGAACUUCGAAGUAUUCUACUAUUUGGUUUUCCUGCUUUAUGUUCCGUCUUACCAUUUCGAUAUGCAAGACAUUUACUUUUACUUGCCGUUUAA